AAGUGUCCGGAGCCAAGAUGGCGGCGCUAUUUAUCUUCACAAAUACAUAAACCCAGCAAAAAGCAUGAUUUCUUCAUAAAUGUGAUUACAGGUCAGGUUCAUGUGUGUUACCAUGGCAACGGUAAACCGAGUUGGGCCAGCGCGUGCGUUCCUCUGGUGAAACAACACAACAAAGACACACAAUUUGAAGCCCAGCAGGAGGGAAGAUCGGAGGGUCGAACAGUGGGCCCCGAGGUCACAGCUAUGGUCCAACAAUGCAGUCAAGCUUCACCUCCAUGUCGGCACAGCGUCCACCUGCCUUCUCUCAACCCAGAUAGACUAAAGGCAGCCAAGGCCAUUGUGGGCAAGACCGUCAAGUUACAUAAGGUGUUCUCAGUGCAUGGCCCUUACCCGGUCAUCAGGGCUGCGCUGAGGGCUAGAGGCUGGGUGGAGAAGCGGACGUGUCACCAGCAUCACCACAUCUCCACGCGUCCCGUUAAAGACACCAGCUGUAAUGAUGACUUUGAGGGUGAAGAUGAAGGUGACCAAGGGCAGGAUCCUGACGGACUGUACGGUCUGAUGUCCAGGCUGGUGCGGAAUGAAACGGUUGACUUCUACUGGACAAACAGGAGAGACGCCAUCAACACCAGCGUUUUGCAAAAAGAUCAGAUUAUCAACCAUUUUGCCAAAGCAGGCAGUUUCACCACCAAGGUGGGAUUGUGUGUCAACCUGAGGAGCCUCCACUGGUUUGACUCCGCCGACCCAGACACCUUUUUUCCUCGCUGUUACCGACUCGGGGCACGGGACGAGAAGCAUGCUUUCAUUGAGGACUACAGGAGGACAGCCUGCACCAGUCUUCUGAAGUACGUUGUUGAGACGGUGCAGGACGUACACAAAAAGAGGGAAAAGGAGCCCAUUGGAGAACCACCCGAGGUUAUUCCAAAAAUGAUCGACACCGCUCUCAAAGUGUGCCAGGGUUUUCUGGAGAGUUUACAGCACGCUGACAUCGACACCAGCUCGGACCCGGGUCAAUCCCUUAAAAAUCAGGAGUGGGAGGAGUUUAUCCAUGCCUACUAUUUGGUUGUUCAUGGUGGAGCUCAGGUUGAUGUCAGCGAGCACUUAGUCGGCUGCUGCCGGGCCAUGCUGCACAGGCUGUCUGGGGUCAGUCCACAGCUGGACACAGACGGCAUACACAACAUCUGGAUCGUCAAGCCGGGAGCCAUGUCCAGAGGCAGAGGUAUCAAAUGUGCCAAACGUUUGGAUGAGAUCCUCAGCCUGGUGGACAGGGAUCCGGCUCUCAUCAAGGAAAGCAAAUGGGUGGUGCAGAAAUACUUGGAGCGUCCCUUCCUGGUGGAAGGCACCAAGUUCGACGUGCGCCAGUGGUUUCUGGUGACGGACUGGAACCCUCUCACUGUGUGGUUUUAUAGAAAGUGCUACUUGCGCUUUUCUACGCAGCCUUACUCAGUGGACACCAUGGACAACUCUGUGCACUUGUGCAACAAUUCCAUCCAGAAGCAUCUGAGGCCUUCUCAUCGACGCCAUCCUAUCAUCCCGGAAGACAACAUGUGGUCAGACGACCAGUUCACGACCUUUCUGUCUAGUCGGGGCCGCCAGACCCAGUGGGAGAGUGAGGUGGUGCCCGGGAUGAAGAAGGCUGUGGUUCAUGCGUUGCAAACGACACAAGACCUGGUCGACUCCCGCAAGAACACGUUUGAGCUCUAUGGUGCUGACUUCAUGUUAGGCCGUGACCUCCAACCAUGGCUGAUUGAAAUCAAUGCCAGUCCCACCAUGGCUCCUUCUACUCACAUCACAGCCCGUCUGUGUUCAGCUGUGCAGGAGGACACGCUGCGUGUGGUCCUGGACAGGAGAGCGGACAGAUCAGCCAACACGGGAGACUUCCAGCUCAUAUACCACCAGGCAGCAGUAGAUGUUCCACAGUAUGUGGGAGUCAACCUCCUCGUCGAGGGCUUCAGGCUCAAAGGCUCAUGUUUGCUUCCGCCGCUCAGGCCUCUCAACCGCUUCGAUCCAAAGCAUCGUGGCAAAGUCACGGUCAAGAAGGCGAUGUCUAUGGAAAAAUCGAAGACUUUUCCCAAGGUGGUGGAAAACUCGACAGGCAGAGUUCCUCGUCUUCCUCCUGCUCAUCGUCCUUCCCAGCCACCAGUGCCUGUUCCCGUUGGAACCUUGACUCUGCAUCUACCAAAGACCGGUCACAGGUCCGUGCAUGUACCUCUGAAUGCUUGCUCACACUCUGUCUUUCUUUGGAGACGGGGCGUGGAAGUUAAACCUCUUCAAUGACCUGGACGUGGGACAUCUUUUUUUCCGACGGCCAGUUUUAGGCUAAAAACAGGGUUCGUACUUUGACCAAAUGAGCGGCGAUUAAAAUGAAAGAUACAAGAUAGAUUGGCGACGAUAAAUUGCGAAGGAAAUGUGCGUCUGUCAUAGGAUGAGGGCGUGGCAUGGAGAUAAACUUUGAUUCGAUUGCUCGCCACAACAUUUUUGACACCACAAAACUUGAAUAAUUGGGCUACACAAAUUCAGAUCAUAAUCAUAAUUGGUGCAAAUGAUGAUGAUGACUUAUGGAACUCAAACCCGGGUUGGUAUUUUUUGAUUUUUUUAUAUAUAUACACUACCGUUCAAAAGUUUGGGGUCACCCAAACAAUUUUGUGGAAUAGCCUUCAUUUCUAAGAACAAGAAUAGACUGUCGAGUUUCAGAUGAAAGUUCUCUUUUUCUGGCCAUUUUGAGCGUUUAAUUGACCCCAAAAUUGUGAUGCUCCAGAAACUCAAUCUGCUCAAAGGAAGGUCAGUUUUGUAGCUUCUGUAACGAGCUAAACUGUUUUCAGAUGUGUGAACAUGAUUGCACAAGGGUUUUCUAAUCAUCAAUUAGCCUUCUGAGCCAAUGAGAAAACACAUUGUACCAUUAGAACACUGGAGUGAUAGUUUCUGGAAAUGGGCCUCUGUACACCUAUGUAGAUAUUGCACCAAAAACCAGACAUUUGAAGCUAGAAUAGUCAUUUACCACAUUAGCAAUGCAUAGAGUGUAUUUCUUUAAGGUUAAGACCAGUUUAAAGUUAUCUUCAUUGAAAAGUACAGUGCUUUUCCUUCAAAAAUAAGGACAUUUCAAUGUGACCCCAAACUUUUGAACGGUAGUGUAUACAUAUAUAUAUAUAUAUAUACAGUGUUUCCCAUAAACUGCCAAGAUACCUGUGGCGGUGGGGGCGUGGCUAUGGGCGUGGUCACCAUGACAUCGUCGAGUAAUUUGCAUAAUUUGGUACAAUGAUAUGAUUUUCUCUAAAAAGGCUAAAAAAAUGUAUACUUACUAAUUAAUAAUAACAGUUUUGUUUUAAACGUCCAUCCAUCCAUCCAUCCAUUUUACAAUAUAAUUACAACACUUUAUGUACAUAUUUAUAUACAGAUUUGAACAAUAAGUUAUUCACUGAAAUAUAUUUAUUAAUUGUGGUUCUUACAAAAAAUAUAUCUUAUAAAAUAUAAAAGCUAAAAUGUCUCUUAAAGCUCUGCCCCUUUAAUUAAUGCAUACUAAAUAAUUUAACUUUAGCCUACUACUACAACCAUAUUAUUUACCAGCAACAUAAAGUGAAACAGAGGCAGAGGUGUCCUGCCACAGUCAGUAACAAAUAAACAGAAAACAGUAGUGGUCAAAUACAAAUAAGGCAACAAGAGAAGUAUCCUACACUUCUCUUUUGUAAAGUAAAUCUGAACAGCCUAUAUGGGCAUCUACAAUCAACUAUAUGAUUUGCCUGAGAAGCUGGACAGGACAAAAAAAAAAAAAAAUCUUUUUUAUUUGUGGCGGACGUAAUUCUUUCGUGGCGGGCCGCCACAAAUAAAUGAAUG